AUGCCUGCUUCAUUUCAACACUGCUCUCUGCAGCUGAAGAAGUUAGAUGAAGACAGUUUAACCAAACAACCUGAAGAAGUAUUUGAUGUAUUGGAGAAGCUUGGAGAAGGUUCCUAUGGCAGUGUCUUCAAAGCCAUCCAUAAAGAAACGGGUCAAGUUGUUGCCAUUAAACAAGUUCCUGUGGAAUCUGACCUGCAAGAGAUUAUAAAAGAAAUAUCCAUAAUGCAGCAAUGUGACAGUCCUCACGUGGUGAAAUAUUAUGGCAGCUAUUUUAAGAACACAGACCUGUGGAUAGUCAUGGAAUACUGCGGCGCUGGAUCUGUCUCUGAUAUUAUUCGGUUACGAAACAAAACUCUCACAGAGGAGGAAAUUGCUACAAUAGUGCAAUCAACUCUGAAAGGACUAGAGUACCUGCAUUUUAUGAGGAAAAUACACAGGGACAUCAAAGCUGGAAAUAUAUUACUCAAUACAGAGGGACAUGCUAAGCUUGCAGAUUUUGGAGUGGCAGGACAACUUACAGACACCAUGGCAAAGCGGAACACAGUGAUAGGGACCCCGUUUUGGAUGGCUCCAGAAGUGAUUCAAGAAAUUGGGUAUAAUUGUGUGGCAGACAUCUGGUCUCUGGGAAUCACUGCAAUAGAAAUGGCUGAAGGAAAACCACCCUAUGCAGAUAUUCAUCCUAUGAGGGCAAUUUUCAUGAUUCCUACCAAUCCACCUCCAACAUUCAGGAAGCCAGAGCUCUGGUCAGAGAAUUUCACAGACUUUGUCAAACAGUGUCUGGUGAAGAGCCCCGAGCAACGUGCCACUGCCACACAGCUGCUGCAGCACCCAUUUGUUAAAAGUGCCAAGGGAGUGUCGAUUCUGCGAGACCUGAUUAACGAAGCCAUGGAUAUCAAGCUGAAACGUCAAGAGGCCCAGCAACGUGAGCUGGAUCAGGAUGAUGAAGAAAAUUCAGAAGAAGAUGAAACUGAUUCAGGUACCAUGGUGAGGGCUAGUGGAGAUGAGACUGGCACCAUAAGAGCUGUCAACACGAUGAGUGAUGGAGCCAACACCAUGAUAGAACAUGAUGGCACCUUGGAAUCUCAGCUGGGGACAAUGGUCAUCAACACAGAAGAGGAAGAGGAGGAGGGCACCAUGAAAAGGAGGGAUGAAACGAUGCAGCCAGCCAAACCAUCAUUCCUGGAAUAUUUUGAACAGAAGGAGAAGGAGAAUCAAAUCAAUAACUUUGGGAAGAAUGUGUCUGGCCAGACAAAAAAUUCAUCUGAAUGGAAAGUACCACAGGAUGGAGACUAUGAAUUUCUAAAGACAUGGAGUGUGGAUGAACUCCAGAGGAGGCUCUCAGCCCUGGACCCCAUGAUGGAGCAGGAGAUUGAAGAAAUCCGCCAGAAGUACCAGUCCAAGCGCCAGCCCAUCCUCGAUGCCAUUGAAGCCAAGAAGCGGCGGCAGCAGAACUUCUGA